GCAUUCUGGUCCCUAGGUGGGGAAUGAAAAAUGCAGCUGUCACCUGAGACCAGUCUGUACAUUAGCAGUGAGAAACAAGGCACCGGGGCUCAUCAGGAUGGCUGGUGCUCCGCCAAGUUUUUGCUUUGUCGCUUUUCCACCACUUACUGAAAAUGACCAGAUCUUAUUUGCGAAAAAUUCUGCCCGACCCAGAGAUGAAGUCCAAGAGGUGCUGUACAUACCCGCUAGCAAUCAUGACCCAGGGAGCAAAGUCAAGUGCACAUACCUUGAAAUUGAGCAAUCCCAGAAGACUCAUGCCGUUAUACUCAGUAAGCCAGCCUGGAUGUGGGGAGCAGAGAUGGGAGCCAAUGAGCAUGGAGUUUGCAUAGGCAAUGAGGCAGUUAUCACAAGAGAAGCGGCUUCUGAUACAAAUUUAUUACUAGGAAUGGAUCUUGUCAGGCUUGGUCUUGAACGUGGAGCAACAGCUAAAGAGGCUUUGGAUAUUAUUGUGACUUUACUGGAGGAACAUGGACAAGGUGGAAAUUACUUUGAGCAGGAGUGUGCGGGUCAGGCCUUCCAGAGCUCCUUUCUUAUAGUGGACAGAGUGGAAGCCUGGGUGUUGGAGACAGUGGGCAAAUUCUGGGCAGCCCAGAAAAUUACAGGUGGAGUUAGAUGCAUCUGCAAUCACCUCUCUCUGAAGACACAAAUUGAUCUGGAGCACCCCGGCCUUAAGAGUUACGCCAAAAGUCAGGGCUGGUGGAGCGAAGAUAAAGAAUUUAAUUACUCUGAGAUUUUUUCAGAAGAUGAGAAAGAAGAGGAUUGUACAGGGAAGGAAACUGUUGAGCACCAAGAAGAUAACCUGAGUGUGCAGACAAUGCUAAGCAUUCUCCGGGACAAAAGCCGAGGUAUCUGCGUGGACUCUGAGACUUUCCUCACUACAGCAAGUGCCGUGUCAGUGUUACCUCAGGAUGAGGGUCGUCCCUGCAUUCACUUUCUGACUGGCACCCCUGAUCCCUCCAGGUCUGUAUUUAAACCUUUUAUAUUUGUGGAAGAUGUGAAACUAGUCCCCAGUGCUCAGUCAUCAUGUUUGGGUGAGGAGCUAUGUGCCCACGGGGAUCAUGAAUGGAGGCAUGAGCUGUAUGAAGCCCACCAGUGUGCUCUGACUUUAAUAGAGAAGGAGCAGGACGAAGGGGAAAGACUAAUGUGCAUUAUGCAAGGUCUGGAAAACCAAGGCCUGGAGGCGAUGGAAGAUUUACUGAAUGGGACGAAACCUUUAGACCCUGCAGAAGUAGUCGACCUUUUCUUUGACUGUGUGGACACAGAAAUCAAAUUCUAUAAGUGAAGGAACACAGACCCAAUGUCCCUUUAACUGAAUGAAGGAAUCAUAUCUCAGAAUAAAGAAUGGGCAGCAGUUAGUGCAGAGGUGAUCUCUUCUCUCAUUACAUGUGUGUGUAUGUAGUUAACAUGGAGCUAAAUGUGUUAGUACAUGCUAAUCCAGUUGAUCACCAGAAAGAAAAAUAAAGAUGGUCAAUUAAAAUUGCAAUGUACAGAGAAAAUA